AUAACAUGUAAGACUACAUUAGUUUAACUACACUCUUAAGUCGUAACACAGGAAGCAACACCAUAAUGGCACUUCACCUUCAACUCCUAACCCCUUCUUCCCCAAUAAGCUCGCAUAUUGGUAAACACGAUCUUGGUCGUCGAGUUCUCAACUUUAAUUCACAUGUAGCUAAUUUACGUUUCAAAUGUUUUUCCAUCCCCGUCAAUUAUGAGGCAACAGUUCCUAGGCGGUCGGAACACUAUCAAUACCAACCCACCAUUUGGGAUUACGAUUUUGUGGAGUCACUCCAGAGUAGCUAUGCGGACGAAACUUACAUGGACCGAAUGGAGAAGCGGAAGAAAGACGUGAGGCUUAUGCUAGAAAAGGCGGAAACACCGUUAGCCAAACUCGAGCUGAUCGAUACAAUUCAAAGGCUCGGAAUGAGUUACCUCUUUGAGGAAGAGAUAAAAAGAAUCUUAGGAAACAUAUACAAUGAAGAACAUAUAGAUAGUUGGAAGAAAGAUAAUUUACAUGCCACUGCUCUCAGUUUUAGGCUCUUCCGGCAAUACGGGUUUCAAGUCUUCCAAGAUGUCUUUUAUGACUACAAACAUGCAAGGGGAGAUUUCCAAGAAUUGGUGGCCGAGGAUGUAAAGGGGAUGUUAAGUUUAUAUGAAGCUGCACACGUAGUUUCCGAAGGGGAACAAGCCUUAGAGGACGCCAUAUUCUUCACAACCAAAUAUCUCAAACUGGCUAUCUCAUCAGGGAACAAUAUUGACCCUAACCUUGCUAAUCGAAUCAGCCAUUCUUUAGAGAUUCCAUUGCAUUGGAGAAUGCAGAGAGCAGAAGCUAAAUGGUUCAUCGAUGCAUAUGAGAAAGAGAAGGAUGUGAAUCCUCUUCUUUUUGAAUUGGCAAAACUCAACUUUAACAUGGUUCAAGCAACACAUCAAGCAGAUCUACGAAAUAUGUCGAGGUGGUGGAGAAGUCUUGGUGUUGCAACCAAGUUGAAUUUCGCUAGAGACCGGUUGGUUGAGAGUUUCCUAUGGAGUAUGGGAAUAGCUGUGGAACCUCAGUAUGGGCGUUGCCGGGAAUGGCUUACGAAAGUUAUGAAUUUUGUGCUAAUCAUCGAUGAUAUCUACGAUGUUUAUGGUUCCCUAGAAGAACUAGAGCUAUUUACUGAAGUCGUCGAGAGGUGGGAUACUAAAGAAAUGGAGAAACUGCCCUACUAUAUGAAGAUAUGUUUCUUAGCUCUAUACAAUACAACAAAUGAAAUGGCUUUUGAGACUCUUAAAGAUCAGGGAUGGGACAUAUUGCCUUACUUAACGAAAUCGUGGACGAACUUUAUAAAAGCGAUGUUGGUAGAGGCUAAGUGGUGUAACGAGGGCCACACACCAUCCCUCAAGGAGUAUUUGGAGAAUGGUUGGCUCUCAUCUUCUGGCUCUGUAUUUCUAGUCCAUGCUUUCUUUGCAACAAAACAGAACAUUAGAACUGAUGUCUUACAAGCCCUGGAAGACAACCAUAAUCUUCUCUAUUGUGCAUCCAUGAUGUUUCGACUCUCCAACGACCUCGCAACUUCAUCGGCGGAACUGGAAAGAGGUGAUGUUGCAUCAUCGAUACAUUGUUAUAUGCGGGAAAAUAAUGCUUCGGAAAUGGAUGCCCGUGAGCAUGUAAGAGGUUUAAUCAAGGAUACAUGGAAGAAGAUGAACGGUUCAAUAUGUGAUUCUCCAUUUGACCUUCCAUUCAUUAACAUGGCUUUGAAUCUUGCUAGAACAUCGUUAUUCAUUUAUCAAUAUGGGGAUGGACUUGGUGUUGAAGACGCUAAAAGCAAAGACCAUGUCAUGUCUUUGAUAGUUAAUCCGGUUCAAAUUGAAACCCAUAAAGAAACCUUGGUCAAUCAUUUCGCUGCUGUAUAAGAAGUCGAAAAUAUAUUUUUCUCUCGUAUAAUCUUUUGGUUUCAAAAGUUGUAAGUUGUCGAUGUACUAAACCUAUCAGGAAUAAUAAAUCCGAACAUCUCAAAUGGUGUUUUGUUCUAAA